AUGUAAGUUUGCAAAAUGACUGAUUGGGAACAGCCAGCUGUGUGGACGAUGGGGGAUGCUAAGGAUGCUUUGCUGAUGGAGGUGCUGGAAGGUAGCAGCUACAGGUGAUGCUCUCUGCUAGCGAUGAUGCGCUUCCACCUGCGGCUGUGCGGAAUGCACAAACUGGGGAGGCGGGGUGCGCAAUGAAAGAAGGAACAGGGUUCAGUGUAUCAGCACCAGGCUGCGCUCUGAAAACAACCGUGGGCCAUUGGAAGUUUGGAUGGGAGCCUUCUAUGAUACGAUAAUCUUUAUUGUCAUUCUCCCAUACAGAACAACGAAAUUGAAAAAAAUCUACAUCAGACAUUCGAAAACCAACAAGCCUGCUAUCCCAGCCUGGUUAACUCCCUAAAAACUCUGAUACCCCAUAAUUAAAUACAAUAUACUCCCAUACAGACUACCUUAAAGGUAAAAGGUAAAGGUACCCUUGCCCGUACGGGCCAGUCUUGCCAGACUCUAGGGUUGUGCGCUCAUCUCACUCUAUAGGCCGGGAGCCAGCGCUGUCCGCAGACACUUCCGGGUCACGUGGCCAGCGUGACAAGCUGCAUCUGGCGAGCCAGCGCAGCACACGGAACGCCGUUUACCUUCCCGCUGGUAAGCGGUCCUUAUUUAUCUACUUGCACCCAGGGGUGCUUUCGAACUGCUAGGUUGGCAGGCACUGGGACCGAACGACGGGAGCGCACCCCGCCACAGGGAUUCGAACCGCUGACCAAGCGAUCGGCAAGUCCUAGGCACUGAGUUUUUACCCACAGCGCCACCCGCAUCCCACAGACUACCUUACAGUGCUUUUAAAACCAAAAUCGCAUUUGGAUAGAAACUGUUUCUCAGGCGGCUAGUCCUAGUCUUUAUAACCCUGUACCUUCUUCCAGAAGGGACGCGGGUGGCGCUGUGGGUUAAACCACAGAGCCUAGAACUUGCCGAUCAGAAGGUCGGCGGUUCGAAUCCCCGCGACGGGGUAAGCUCCUGUUGCUCGGUCCUUGCUCCUGCCAACCUAGCAGUUCGAAAGCACGUCAAAGUGCAAGUAGAUAAAUAGGUACCACUCCGGCGGGAAGGUAAAUGGUGUUUCCGUGCGCUGCUCUGGUUUGCCAGAAGCGGCUUAGUCAUGCUGGCCACAUGACCCGGAAGCUGUACGCCGGCUCCCUCGGCCAGUAAAGCGAGAUGAGCGCCGCAACCCCAGAGUCGGUCACGACUGGACCUAAUGGUCAGGGGUCCCUUUACCUUUACCUUUACCUUCUUCCAGAAGGCAGAAGCUGAAAGAGAUCAUUUCCGGGGUGCGCACUAUUCUGUGCUAUCUCUGCAGCUUUCUAACGACACCUGGAAGCGUAGAUCUGAUCCAAGGUGGGAAGAGUGCACCCAAUUAUUCUCUCCGCAGUCUUUACAACCCUGGACAGCAUUGUUUUUCCCGCUGACCGUGCAGCUCCCAAACCACACGCACAGACCAUAAGUUAAUACACUCUCCACAGUACAAUGGUAGAAUGCAAUCAACAGGUCCUUCGAGAGAUUGUUUUUCCGGAGGACUCUCAGAAAAUAUAACCUCUGUUGUGCUCUCUUCAUCAGGUCUUUAAUGUUUUCAAGCAGGGUGACGUGGGAGAACAAUGUGGCUUUGAAAGGAAGAGGGGUAUAGGGCCAGGCCAUGGAACAGCCCAACUUGGGGGUCUGUGGAGAGAGAGACGGUGGGGGGGGGGUCUGCAGGAAGGUAGUAACUGUGGGUGUCCCUAUUGGCAGCACAGGUGGGGAGCAUGAUUUCUGCCUCCAAAUCCUGUUUUCAUAGAAUUAUAGCAUUAGAUGGGACCAAAAGGUUCAUCUAUUUCAGCCCCUGCAAUGCAGGAAUAUUUUUACCCAACGUGGGAUUCAAACCCACAACUCUGAGAUUUAAGAGUCUCGUGUUCUACCUACCGGCCUCUUGUCCUUAAUCAUAUUUUGUGUACUUCCCCGCCCCACCUCAAGGAAUAAGAAGCGGAAUCUCAUAUCGAAGGUAUCCAAAAGGCUGAAGAAACAAAGGGGAGAAGCUCGCGCCAAUGGGCAGCAGAAUAUUCAGCAUGAUGAACAGGUGGGUGGAUACUGAGAUGCUUUGGACUACAACUCCCAUGUGCCCCAGAAUCUUAUGGCCGAUGGGAGUUGUAGUCCACAGGGCACCAGGUUAGCAAAGACCGCGUUAGAUGACUGCAUUUUUCUUGUGCGGAUGGAUAAAUGUUUUGGUUCUAAUGAGAAUUUUGUCAGUUAUUCAAUUUUGCACCGUGAGAUGAGUUUGGGGUUCGUUUCACCCCUGCUUGAAUUCCCAUUUGAACCUGUCUGCAUUUUUGAGCCAACUUUUGGAGUUUGCUAUAUCAGAUCUGUAACCUGGAAUGAGUGUCGGGAAUGUGAAGAACCCAGAAAGUUGUAGCAUAAUCACAAGAAGUAGAACUAGUGGCUUAGAAAAGCGGUUUAAAGUAAAACAUCUGUAAAAAGCAGCAUUUACUGAGUUUAAUUUGAAUAAUUUGAAUAUCAGAUAAAGCAUAGGUGGCUAGCUCAGCAGAAAACCUGAUUGAAGUUCGCCCCAGUUUAGUGGUGAACAGCAGGUUUUCCCAGGGAAGGCAGUGGAGCGAAAGGAAAGCCUCUUGGACCCGGGCCUCGAAUGCAUGGAACAUUUCAGGGCGAAAGGAAGUGUGAAUGAGCCUUUGGAGUCCACAACAUCUGGAAGGCAACAGGUUAAUAAUAAUAAUAAUUUAUUAUUUAUACCCCGCCCAUCUGGCUGGGUUUCCCCAGCCACUCUGGGCGGCUUCCAACUGAAUAUUAAAAACAAUACAGCAUUAAAAACUUCCCUAAACAGGGCCGCCUUCAGUUGUCUUUUAAAAGUAGAAUAGUUGUUCAUUACCUUGACAUCUGGGAGGGCGUUCCACAGGGCAGGCGCCACCACUGAGAAGGCCCUCUGCCUGGUUCCCUGUAACCUCACUUCUCGCAGUGAGGCAACCACCAGAAGGCCCUCAGCGCUGGACCUCAGUUUCUGGGCUGGAUGAUGGGAGUGGAGACGCUGCUUCAGGUAUACAGGACAAGUCUAGCUGCCGCAUUCUGGAUUAAUUGCAGUUUCCGGGUCACCUUCAAAGGUAGCCCCACAUAGAGCGCAUUGCAGUAGUCCAAGCAAGAGAUAACCAGAGCAUGCACCACUCUGGCGAGACAGUCCGCGGGCAGAUAGGGUCUCAGCCUGCGUACCAGAUGGAGCUGGUAAACAGCUGCCCUGGACACAGAAUUGACCUGCGCCUCCAUGGACAGCUGUGAGUCCAAAAUGACUCCCAGGCUGCGCACCUGGUCCUUCAGGGGCACAGUUACCCCAUUCAGGACCAGGGAGUCCUCCACACCAGCCCUCCCCCUGUCCCCCAAGAACAGUACUUCUGUCAUGUAAUAGGUUGGUUAUCACAUGCACUAAGUAACUGUCUUGCCGGACGAUCCUGAGACAUUCUCAAAAACGAAAGCCGACAACCUCAUUGCAGUGUUGCUGGGAGGGCUGAAGCAGAUCACAACAUUGAACACCUUGUUUGAGGGACAGAGGCAGACGAAAUCUGAGCUCACCCAGCAACUGGGGGCAAUGCACUGACCCCUGUUUGCAGGUAGAUCUGCCCAUGCCCUGAGACAUUAUUGGCACUGGUCUCUUGUAGUCCCGUGUCCUGGAAAAGCCAAGCAAGAAACUCCUCUUGAAGAAGAAGCCAUUGCAGGAAAAUACCAUUUCCAGGUAAGAGGGCGUUCCACAGGGGCGUUCCACAGGGCAGGUGCCACCACCGAGAAGGCCCUCUGCCUGGUUUCCUGUAACUUGGCUUCUCGCAGUGAGGGAACCGCCAGAAGGCCCUCGGCGCUGGACCUCAGUGUCUGGGCAGAACGAUGGGGGUGGAGACGCUCCUUCAGGUAUACUGGACCGAGGCCGUUUAGGGCUUUAAAGGUCAGUACCAACACUUUUAAUUUUCCUCGGAAACGUACUGGGAGCCAAUGUAGGUCUUUCAAGACCGGUCUUAUGUGGUCUCGGCGGCUGCUCCCAGUCACCAGUCUAGCUGCCGCAUUCUGGAUUAGUUGUAGUUUCCAGGUCACCUUCAAAGGUAGCCCCACGUAGAGUGCAUUGCAGUAGUCCAAAGUAAGACCCCUAGAUCAUUUUUGUUAUCAAGGCCUGGGCUUGAUACCAAAACCUCACUUUUUCAUCCAUCCUUUUUUUAUCUUCUCUUGUUUUGCUAAAAAGCAGCCUGGAGAAGACUGCUGGUAAUUAUAUCUCAAACCAGGAAGCGGAAUUUGGAGGGAACAGUGUGAAGACAAAGAAGCCGAAAUGUCAUCAGGUAUGUUAGCCAUACGUGACAUUGGGAAAAUAGCUGAAUGUUAGCAGAGAAGUGCAAUUAUACUGCCAGCUAGUGUUGGGUAUCUCUUGUGAGGUUUGCAAAUUCACCCAAGUUUGGAAGCAAGCACACUUCUUAGUGAACAUUUGGGUGCUGGGCUGCCUUACAUAUCUCUAAUCGAAAGGGCUAGAAACUUGAUUUUCAAAUGGACGAAUGGCUGAAAGCUGAGGACCCAAGUUACUUCAAUCCUUCUGUGAGGCUGUUGCUAAAGUUUGCUUUGCUUCGCUAUGUCAGACAUCUUUUCCCCAAAACUUUGCGCGUUCUGUAAUGGUCGUCUUCCAUGAGAGGUUCAGAGGAUGGCAGAACAAGAAUGGGUCUUUUUUGUGGUGGCUCCCUGUCCGUGGAAUGCUCUCCCCUUCACCUUCAUUGGUGAAAACCAGGCGUUCUGUUGAUUAAUAUUCUGUGAUUUUAAAUGUGUAGGAGGAAGGUUAUUGCUUUGCUUUUGCUUUAUUAUGUAUUAUGUAUUUUUCUGUUGUGAACCACCCUGGGAUCAGAAUCUUCAGAUGAAGGGUGAUAUAAAAAUCUAAAUAAUAAUAAUAAUAAUGAUGAUGAUGUUUUAUUUCAGGACAAGGCUGACUUCACCCCAUCCAAAACACCCUGGGAAGAGGAAGAAAGCUCAUCAAAGUGAAUAGGCAUUUUCUGUUCAUUCCGGGGCGUUUACACACUAUGUGAUUAUCUGCAAGGUGUCGCUGGAGGUAUAAAUGAAAAUCAGGCUUUGAUGAUGAUGGUAAUGAUAAUAAUAAUAAUAAAAAUUCUACCCCCACCCAUCGGGCUGGGCUUCUCAGCCACUCUGGGUGGCUUUCACCAGAACAUUAAAAACAGAAUAAAACAUCAAACAUUAAAAACUUCCCUAAACAGAGCUGCCUUCAGAUGUCUUCUAAAAGUCGGAUAGUUGAUUAUUUCCUUGACAUCUGCUGGGAGGGCGUUCCACAGGGUGGGAAAGCUACUAUCACUGGAUUAAGCCCAUCAGUUCUUGUUGAAUUAAUUAAACUACAUAGUUUUAAUUGGAUUUUUUUUGGGGGGGGGGAGUGCAAUUAAUUGUUUCUGUUUUGAAUUCUAUUAUUACCUUUUUCGGUGGUUUGUGCAAGACUUCUAUUCUCAAUACUGCUCUUUAUAGGGCAGGAAGCCAAACGCAUUUAAUUCCGCUUGUGAUACAGCUGUAAGGUUAUGGGGCAGCAGUGGGGGUGCUGGGGACAGCAGACCCAAGGCCUGGGAUUUAUUGCAGAUUAAUCCAACUUCAGUUUUUAAUUAAAUGGUUCCAUCAGUUUUGAAAGCCUCUUUUCUAGUUUCCAGAGCCAGGCCUAUAUUUAAUGACCCGUUUUUAAAGAGCCUCAGCAAGGUGGACUCAUUCUGUGUGUCUUCUAUGUGCUGGCAAAACUAGCAGCCUGCUUCGAGCACCAUAAUAUAAUAAUAAUAAUAAUAAUAAUAAUAAUAAUAAUAAUAAUAAUUUUUAUUUAUAUCCCGCCCUCCCCAGCCAAAGCCAGGCUCGGAGUGGCUAACAACAGUAAAAGUAACACAGUUUACAUAAAAUCACAAUCUAUUAUCUAAAAUCAAUUCAGAGUCAAAUUAAAGGCAACCAUUGGGUUCUAUGAGGAACCAUUGUUCUAUGAGGAUGACAGAAGGAGGGGGUCAGACUGCCUUGGCCAAAGGCCUGGUGGAACAGCUCUGUCUUGCAGGCCCUGCGGAAAUAUGUCAAGUCCCGCAGGGCCCUAGUCUCUUGUGACAGAGCGUUCCACCAGAUCGGGGCCACGGCCGAAAAAGCCCUGGCUAUGGUUAUGGCCAGCCUAACCUCCCUGUGGCCCGGGACCUCCAAGAUGUUUUUAUUUGAAGACCGUAAGGUCCUCCGUGGGAGGGAGAGGCGGUCCUGUAGGUACGAGGGUCUUAGGCCGUAUAGGGCUUUAAAGGUUAAAACCAUCACCUUGAACCUGAUCCUGUACUCCACCAGGAGCCAGUGCAGCUGGUAUAGCACCGGGUGAAUGUGAUCCUGAGGCAUCUGAUCAAAAUCUGCUUUGAGCUUAAAAAAAUUAUAUUUGUAAAUAUAUUUUUCUCUGCCAGGGACAGACCAGCUGAAUACUCUGGCAGCUGUUCAAGGGGCCCCACUGCUAUAAAUAAAAGUAUUUCAAGGUUGUAAAAGGAAAUUAGAGCCAGAGAGCAAAAGGUCACACUGACCAGAAUACAAUCAAGCUGUAAAAACACAAUUAAGAACUGGUAAAUAGUGAAAUUUAUUGUUUAACAGAAAACUCGAGCCAUAAGGUUAAAGGUUAAAUGGAAGAGGUUGCUCUUAGAAACAGCUGCUGGUUAGGGAAAAAGGUUUCUUUAUAGAACUUAGGAACUUAGCUUUUACUAAGUUCCUUCUAAUUUGAAAAGGCCUUUCCUUCUAAAAAUCUAUCUAUGUUAUGUAUGAAAUAUAUUGGCUUAAAUGUGAUUAUGCAAAGGAUUUAGAAAGUAAGAAAUGUUAGAUUCUUAUGUUAGAUUCCUAUUAUGGUGGGUGAGAAGGUGAACUCAAGAUCUCUUUAAGAUAAAAAUUAGAAACCAUGCACCAUCUGCUUUAGCCAUCUGGUUUGCGGUGAAUAGGGCAACAGGGGCCAAAGGUUAUCUGGUAAUUGAGGUGCCUGGUCGAGGUAAAUGUAAGAUAUAUGGCUACUUGUCUGCCAUUUAUGGAUACAAGGAAAUAUAGCUUUUUGUCUCCCAUAAAAGGGAAUAGGAAAUGGGUGUAUCUUUUAUGAUUGGUUCUAGCAAACAGCCAAUAGGAAUUUCAACCAGGCUGAUUGGACAGAGGCAGCCAAAGGAGGAGCAAGGGGGCUGGGCUGAGGAAAUAUAAGUGCUGGCCAUCAGGGCUGGAGUAGGCAGAGCUUUGGUAUCCAUAUACCACUGUGUCUCUCAUUUAUUUGUCUGACAAAUAAAUUAUUAUUUUAAUUUCUCUAUUGCUGCGUUGAAUAUUUCAUUCCAGCUAAGCGUUAACCACAAGCAGGGUGCUACAUUUUAUGGUGCCUCUGUGACUCGGAUAAGUGGUCUGCUGGAACGCAGCCCCUUCGCCCUAGCGGGCAGGGUACAAGAGGGAGGACCACUGACCGCUUACCCAGCGCGCACUGGAACAUUUUUCCAGGGGAACGCAGAAGUCUCGUCUGUCUGAUACCCUGCUCACUGGCGGCGACGGACCGGGGGUAACCAGAGAAAUAAACAGGGAACCAGCUAAGGGUAAGUGCACAAAGGGGUUGUGGCCCUCCAAUUAAUUGGGAGGAAGAGAAGUCUUGAUCAAACUUCUGCGUCUCAGUAAGGGGGAACUGAGUACGCUAGGUGGUUGGGUACAUCAGAUGGUGGUCUGGUGGAGGGAAAAGGGAAAGAUUGGGAGGUAGAGUGUGGUGAAGUAUCCAGCGCAUUGUAUGUGUGAGAAAGUACAAUUUGUAGCUGACCUGAGUGUGGAGUGGGUAGUACUCGGUUCCCGGUAAGGCGACUUCAUCCGGGCAAGGAUCCCCACGAAGCGUGUGUGUGAGUGACUGAGUGGAUACUUCACAGGGCCAUACAAUGGGAGUUGGAGGUUCAAAGGGGGAAAAUACACCUCUUGAAUGUAUGUUAAAUAAUUUUAAGAAAGCCUUCUCAGGAGCAUAUGGAGUCAAAAUGACGCCAGAGCGCUUGAGAACGUUAUGUGAAUUAGACUGGCCAAAACAAAAUACUGGAUGGCCACCUCAGGGAAGUUUUGAUAUAAAUUUAGCAAGCAAACUUUGGUCUAACAUCACCAAAGAAACUGGAGGGUGCCCAGAACAAUUUUCAUAUAUAGAUUCUUGGCUGAGCACAUUAAAUAAUAAUCCUCCAUGGAUAAGGGAAUGCAAAGUCCAACAAUGCAAAUUAUUGGCUGUAAAAGCCGAAGCUAGGAAAGGAAUCUUGCCAAAUAAACUCAAACCCAUUUUUGAGGGACCAGAGGAAGAGGUGCUUCCACCUCCACCCUAUGCUCCACAUCGAGGGGAGCCUAAUCCAAACACUCCACCAGUUGUAACCCCAAGGCAAGAAAGUGGAAGGAAUAAUGGGGCUGGAGUCACAGAGCUUGAUUCCUUGAUAGAUUAUGAUAAAUAUCUUCAGGAGGCAUUGGAGUCCUAUAAUAAAGCCCAAGCAGAAGUGGUUAUUCCACCUGUGAGUCCCAGUAGAACUCCAUCUACAGUCUCCUUUAGUGGAACAACUGAUUGCCCACUCCCAAACCCCUGUACAUCCAAGUCCUAGAGAACUAUUACAGGAGUUACAGGGAGACUUUGAUCGGUCAGUAAGCAAUACAGCCAGGCGUAUAAAGCUGUUAAAAGAACGCCUUGGGACAAAUACUAUCCCCUAUGAUUUGAGGCCCCUAAAGCAAAGCGAAGAGAAAGGUCACGUAGUAGCCCCUCUCAGAAGAGUAUUUGAUGCACUUGAGGAGCCUGUGCUGGUUAACGGGCAACUCGGACCACGGCCACCUCGAACUUCGACCCUCCAGUACAUUCCAUUCACAACUACGGAUCUGAUGAAUUGGAAAACACACACCCCAUCUUUGCAGAAAAACCUCAGGCUAUGAUGGACUUGGUGACUUCAAUAGUAAAUACUCAUAGUCCUACUUGGACAGAUUGCCGCCAGCUCCUGAAUACUCUGUUCACCACUGAGGAAAGAAGAGACAUAAUUGAAAAGGCACAGAUAUAUUUGCGUGAGCAGGCCAGAGUGGGAAAUAUUCUUAAUGUUGACCGUCAUCUCCAGGACAAUUUUCCCUUGGAGGAUCCUAAUUGGGAUCCAAACAAUGCAAUUCACCUGGCCAGGCUUACCACCUACCGCCAGACGCUUGUGCAAGGUAUCCGCAGGGCAUGCCAGAAGCCCACUAAUAUGACUAAAGUCUCAGAAGUAGAACAGAAACCAAAUGAGAGUCCGGGAGACUUUUUAGAGAGGCUGCAGGAAGCCUAUCGCAUAUGGACUCCUUUUGACCCUGAAGCCCCUGCAAACAGCAGAAUGAUUACUGCUACUUUUGUGGCUCAGUGCGCUUCUGACAUUCGUAAGAAAAUUCAGAAGUCAGAAGGCUGGGAAGGGAUGCUGAUGAGCCAAAUUAUGGCCAUUGCACGCCGAGUUUAUCGGAAUAGGGAUGAGGCUGAGAAACAAGAGAAGAAGAAGUGGCAGAAGGAAAAGAUGGUGAUGCUAGCCACAGCAGUGAAGCAAGACUACCGCCCUUUAAAUGGAGGGAGAGGGCGGGGAAGGAAUCCACCACUGGGAAGGAAUCAAUGUGCGAAUUGCAAGAAGGAGGGUCAUUGGAAGCGGGAGUGUCCUGAACCCCUGAGGUUGGAAGAAGUACGCCCAGGCCCAGGCCCAGGCUCCGGCCCAAGAAACCAGGGACGGGACGGGGAAUGAUCCGAGAUGGAAGAUAUCAGAGACCUGGACAAGGACGGAGUAGAGACAAUUUUAUUGGACUGGCAGAGGAGGAUUUUACCCAAGACUAGGAACGACCGGACUCCAUAAAGUUAGGCUUCCAGGAGCCCACGGUCAAAAUUCAAUUAGGGAGCCAUUUAAUAGACUUUAUGAUAGAUACUGGCGCUGAAUACUCAGUACUCCCAGAACUUUUGCAGAAAAAGGCAUCCAAAAGUGUAGUCAUUAAAAGUGCCACUGGUCAGUCAGCUAAGAGGUCUUUCCUCCAACCUUUAGAAUGCCAGAUUGGGGGACAUCAUUUAACCCAUCAGUUUUUGUAUAUACCUGAGUGUCCAAUGCCUCUCUUAGGUAGAGAUAUGCUGUCCAAAUUGCAGGCCCAAAUCACCUUCACUCCUCGAGGUCCAGAAAUGAAACUGCCAUCAAAGGCAGCAGGAAUAAUUUCCCUCUCAGUACCUAAGGAACAAUCAUGGCGCCUAAUGUCAGCCCUGCAAGUCCAACCCACAUUGGAUACAGAAUUAAACAAGCUCCUCCGAACCCUACAAGUGCCACCAGGAGUAUGGGCCGAAAAUAGCCCACCAGGAAUGGCUAAGAAUAUAGCUCCAAUUGUAGUAACCCUAAAACCUAUGGCUACCCCUGUAUCUGUAAAGCAAUAUCCUUUACCCCGGCGAGCAGCAGAGGGCAUCCAGAAACAUUUGGACCGCCUAUUAAAAUAUGGUCUGCUUAAGCCCUGCCAAUCAGAAUGGAACACACCCUUUGCCUGUUCGGAAGCCUGGGACAGAUGAAUACAGGCCAGUACAGGACUUGAGGCUCAGUAAACCAGGCUAUCGAGACCUUGCACCCAAAUGUACCAAACCCAUAUACCUUGCUGAGUUUGAUCCCACCAGAAGCAACAUUUUUACUGUAUUGGACUUGAAAGAUGCAUUCUUCUGUUGCCGGCUGGCACCACAGAGCCAACCUAUAUUUGCCUUCCAGUGGGAAGACCCUUUGACAGGAACAAAAGGCCAGCUAACCUGGACAAGAUUGCCCCAGGGAUUCAAAAAUUCCCCAACUUUAUUUGGCACUGCCUUGGCGAAGGAUCUAACAAGUUACCCCUCAAUACCUGGAAAAAAGGUGGUUCUGCAAUAUGUAGAUGACCUUAUACUAGCGGCAAAGGAUUUUGAUACCUGUAAAGAAGGGACAGAGGAACUGCUCCACUUGCUCUGGGAAGCUGGCUACCGAGUUUCCCAGAAAAAGGCACAGUUAUGUUUAGAAAAGGUCAAAUAUUUGGGCUUUGACAUCUCACACCAACAACGAGCAUUGAGACCAGAGAGGAAAGAAGCUAUUUGCCUUAUCAAGGAACCUACCACAAGGAAACAACUCAGAGGAUUCCUGGGAACAGCAGGGUUUUGUAGACUAUGGAUACCUGAUUUCAGCAGUCUGGCCAAGCCCUUACAUGAAAGCACUCGAGGUGCAGAAAAGGACCCAUUCGUAUGGGGACCUGAGCAGCAACAAGCCUUUUAGUUAUCAAACAACGACUUAUGGAGGCCCCAGCCCUUGGACUGCCUAAUUCGGAAAACCCUUUCAGCUGUAUGUACAUGAACAGAAUGGGAUUGCAGCAGCAGUCCUGACCCAGAGAUUAGGAAGUUGGAACCGUCCAGUAGCUUAUUUGUCAAAACAAUUGGACUCAGUAGCAAAAGGAUGGCCUCCAUGCCUAAGGGCAGUAGCGGCCACUGCAAGCCUUGUCAAAGAAGCUGAUAAAUUUACCUUUGGCCAGACGAUGUAUGUGAAUGUACCUCAUGCUGUUCUGACACUCAUGGAAUAUAAGGGUAGUUAUUGGCUAACGAAUCCAAGGAUGGCUAGAUACCAAGGCCUAUUGUGUGAAAAUCCCAGGAUUCAUCUACGAGUAGUGAAUAUGCUCAAUCCAGCAACUUUGCUGCCCCUACCAGAGGUAGAUGAUGAAGAAUCACAUGAUUGUCUCCAAAUAAUGGAUGAAGUGUAUUCCAGUAGACCCGAUCUGAAAGAUGAACCAUUGAAAAAUCCAGAUGUUGUAUAUUAUACUGAUGGUAGCAGUUACCUGCAUGAAGGUGCCAGACGAGCAGGAUAUGCUGUGGUCACCAAUGAGGAAGUUGUGGAAGCUGAAGCUUUGCCUGCUGGCACCUCAGCACAAAAGGCUGAACUUAUAGGUUUAACUAGAGCUCUGCAAUUGGCAGCCGGAUGUAAGGCAAACAUCUAUACUGAUUCUAAAUAUGCCUUCUUAACCCUGCAUGCACAUGGAGCUCUAUGGAAAGAAAGAGGUCUAAUCGGAGCCCAUGGGAAGGCCUUGAAAUAUGGACCUGAAGUAGAAAUCCUGUUGGAAGCAGUAUGGGCUCCAGAACAGAUUGCUGUAAUGCACUGCAAAGGUCAUGGACGUGGAAGGGAUCCAAUAACCAGAGGAAAUCAUGCUGCUGACAAAGCAGCCCGAGAGGCAGCCCAGAAGCCUGUGGGAGGAUUUAUAGCAGCCCUCAUACCAGAGGUAGUUCCAGAAGAAAUUAAACCUCACUAUACCCCAGAAGAGAGGAAGUGGGCUGAACAGGAAGGAGCGGUUGUGAAGGACGGUUGGAUGAUCCUGCCGGACAAUAGGAUUUAUGUACCUCAUCACCUAGCAGGCACAAUUGUAAGAAAUUAUCAUGAAUCUACUCACCUUGGCGGUACUGCAACCAGAGAGAGUCUCAGUCGGAAGUUGUAUAUUAUUAACCUAUCACAAUUAGCAACUUGCAUUUCACAGAAAUGUGUUCUUUGUGCUAAAAACAAUCCCAGGCAGGGACCGGUACAACCUCCUGGAAUCCAACAUGUGGGAUACGUCCCCAUGGAAAGCCUAAUUGUGGACUUCACAGAGCUGGUCCCUUCUAAGGGAUUCAAGUACCUCCUUGUGUUUGUAGAUACCCUUACCGGAUGGGUUGAAGCUUUUCCCACCAGGACUGAAAAGGCACGAGAGGUAACUAAGAGACUCCUCACUGAAUUGAUCCCGAGGUUUGGAUUACCUAGAUGCAUUGGAAGUGAUAAUGGGCCAGCGUUCAUUGAUCAAGUAGUACAAGAAGUAUGUCGAGUCCUACAAGUGAAAUGGAGACUGCAUGCAGCAUAUAGGCCUCAAAGUUCGGGGAAAACUGAAAGAAUGAAUCGGACUCUGAAAACCCAAUUGGCAAAAUUAACCCAGGAAACAGGAUUGGGAUGGGUAGAUGUGUUACCCAUAACACUGUUUCGUGUUCGGUGUGCACCCACAAAAAGACUUAAGUUGUCACCUUUUGAGCUCCUGUAUGGGAGGCCACCCUCCUUUGUUCAGGAUAUUCCAGCUGACCUCAAACAAAUAGGAGACCAUGUGACACAGGGACAAGUGCAAUCUCUCUCCCGUGUUUUUGUUUCUCUUAACAGGUGGGCCCUCGAGCGCACGCCGUGCAGCAUUGCCGAGCCGAUUCAUCAGUUCCAGGCUGGCGAUAGCGUAUGGGUGAAAGAGUGGAAACGUGAUCCACUUGCACCUAAGUGGCGUGGGCCUUACACCGUCUUGCUCUCUACUCCAACAGCGGUGAAGGUAGCUGAGGUGACCCCUGGAUUCAUCACUCCCGCUUGAAGAAGUCCGAAGGCAGUUGGACGUGCAAAGGUGACCCCUCUAAUCCUUUUAAACUGACUCUCUCCAAAAACCCUGUAUCUAGCCCCUACGGGGAACGGGCUAGGUCACGGGCAACAUUAGACGACCGGCCUGCUGCAGCCACAACCUGGAAGCUGGCUGACCUGCGCACGCCUGAAGCUUGAGGAGCGUCUGAACCAGCGAUUGUGAACAGGAAGAUUCUCUUAUACAAUUGAUUGACUGCCCCCUGUGGAACAAUUAUCAGGGAUAUUACUCAUUGGGGAUCCUCGGGAUAUAUGUUUUGGUCUUGGUGGUUCCCCAUUUCUGUCAUUGGGGAAUUAUAUUGGGCCUAAUAUUUUUUGUUAUCACAAUAAGGUAAUCUUUUGUGGAAGAAAUGCAUAUACUAGACAUCAACAUGAUUUUAUUAUUAAUCCUGAUCCCUUGGGAAGGGGAAGGGUCCUUGAAUCUGACCAAAUUUGCUAAAUAUGGAUUCCGCCAUGACCACAAUAUGUGGGUAGGCUUAGCUGAGAUGGUAGCCAAUGUUACAAAUAGGACCAAUUGCCUUGUUUGCUCUCUUGGACCAGAUGAUUCAGAGGGAGGUAUGCCCUUAUUACCGAUACCAUUAAAUGCCAUUGGUAUGGUAAGUGAAAUGCCACACCAAACAGAAGUACAGAAUUUCCCGGAUGGAACUCAACUAAACCAAUACGAGUUAUACCUGUGCAAGGGGAAUUCUGUGUACAUAAAUUAUCAGCUGCAGCUGAUUCUAUCAUGAUAGGCUCUUCUCAUUGCCACUAUACUUGGGAUUAUAUUAAGAAUAGUCAAACCUGGGCAAACGGUACUACCUAUCGAACUCGGAAUACCUUGCCCUGUGCACCUCCUUUUAUUCAUGCAUGGAAACUGGUGUGGAACAUAACUGUGACAGAAAAAGGCAAUCUAACAUACUGCACUGUGAACUCUAUGCCCCUUUUGAUAUUUCGCCUUAUGCACUCCACGUACCAAAAACCUCAGACCCGAUGGUUGUGGUGGAUAUGUGGAGAAUGGGCAUACAAGCAACUCCCUCCCAAAUGGAGUGGGACUUGCUUCCUGGGAUGGGUAUUACCACCAAUGUGGAUUAUGCCCACUAGUUCGGCAAAGCGUACACGAAGAAAUGCUGAUAUUUCUCAUAUAGCAGGAGGAAGUACCCAAAGUUGGAGUGAUACUGAUGAUUGGCCACCAGAGCGCAUUAUAGCCUAUUAUGAGCCUGCCUCCUGGAAUCCUGAUGAGCUCAUACAAGGGGCACGGGAUCCUAUUUAUAAUCUAAACAGAAUAAUUCGAUUGCAAGCAGUAGUGGAACUUGUAACCAAUGCAACGGCCCAGAGUUUGAGACUUAUUGCACAACAGUUGGAUGAAAGUAGAGCCGCCAUUUUGCAGCUGAAAAUGGGAAUGGAUUAUGUACUUGCCAGGCAGGGAGGCCUAUGUGGAGUCUUAAACUUGACAGGGAAUGCCUGUUGCUUUAACAUUUCUGAUAAUGGUGAGGCAAUCCGUGUGUUGGCCACAAAGAUGGAGAGUAUAGCACAUGUCCCAAUACAAAUAUGGGAAGGAUGGGAUAUGGGAUGGCUCACCAAUUGGUUACCUAAUGUUGCGGGACUCAAAGGGAUACUAUUGUCUUGCUUGUUUUUCUUGACGGUAGUAGUAAUGGUUUUAUGUACGGUGCCAUGUAUCAUUUCAUGUUUUAGAAGUACAAUUAGCAAGAUGAUUUCAAAUGAAACUUUACCUCAUAUUAUGGCCCUAUACAGAGCUUUACCUCAGGAAUAUGACGAAGGUCAAGCUAUCAAGGACACUUGGGAUGAAGGUCCUUGAGCUUGAAAGGGGGGAAUGAGGCAUCUGAUCAAAAUCUGCUUUGAGCUUAAAAAAAUUAUAUUUGUAAAUAUAUUUUUCUCUGCCAGGGAAAGACCAGCUGAAUACUCUGGCAGCUGUUCAAGGGGCCCCACUGCUAUAAAUAAAAGUAUUUCAAGGUUGUAAAAGGAAAUUAGAGCCAGAGAGCAAAAGGUCACACUGACCAGAAUACAAUCAAGCUGUAAAAACACAAUUAAGAACUGGUAAAUAGUGAAAUUUAUUGUUUAACAGAAAACUCGAGCCAUAAGGUUAAAGGUUAAAUGGAAGAGGUUGCUCUUAGAAACAGCUGCUGGUUAGGGAAAAAGGUUUCUUUAUAGAACUUAGGAACUUAGCUUUUACUAAGUUCCUUCUAAUUUGAAAAGGCCUUUCCUUCUAAAAAUCUGUCUAUGUUAUGUAUGAAAUAUAUUGGCUUAAAUGUGAUUAUGCAAAGGAUUUAGAAAGUAAGAAAUGUUAGAUUCUUAUGUUAGAUUCCUAUUAUGGUGGGUGAGAAGGUGAACUCAAGAUCUCUUUAAGAUAAAAAAAUUAGAAACCAUGCACCAUCUGCUUUAGCCAUCUGGUUUGCGGUGAAUAGGGCAACAGGGGCCAAAGGUUAUCUGGUAAUUGAGGUGCCUGGUCGAGGUAAAUGUAAGAUAUAUGGCUACUUGUCUGCCAUUUAUGGAUACAAGGAAAUAUAGCUUUUUGUCUCCCAUAAAAGGGAAUAGGAAAUGGGUGUAUCUUUUAUGAUUGGUUCUAGCAAACAGCCAAUAGGAAUUUCAACCAGGCUGAUUGGACAGAGGCAGCCAAAGGAGGAGCAAGGGGGCUGGGCUGAGGAAAUAUAAGUGCUGGCCAUCAGGGCUGGAGUAGGCAGAGCUUUGGUAUCCAUAUACCACUGUGUCUCUCAUUUAUUUGUCUGACAAAUAAAUUAUUAUUUUAAUUUCUCUAUUGCUGCGUUGAAUAUUUCAUUCCAGCUAAGCGUUAACCACAAGCAGGGUGCUACAAUCCCGCGGCGAGGACCCCGUAAGGAGUCUCGCCGCGGCAUUCUGCACCCACUGGAGUUACUGGGUUAGUCUCAAGGGCAGCCCCACAUAGAGUGAGUUACAAUAAUCCAGUCUGGAGGUGACUGUCGCGUGGAUCACAGUGGCUAGGUCAGGGCGAGAGAGGUAAGGAGCCAAUUGCUUAGCUUGGUGGAGACGAAAAAAUGCCGCCUUUGUUAUAGCUGCAAUCUAUAUUGACGUCAUCUGCUCAAAUCAACAGAGCGAUGCAGCAAGACGCUGCUGGAAAUGUGUUUAAAAUGUGUGGAAUUCCGCCUGGAAAGGUGGACAGGGGGUGGGAACUGUGGGCUGACCCACAGGUCUGCUUCCUGGGUCCAGAGGUGUCCCUUCCGAGUGACCGCAAGGGCCUCCGUGUCAGCCAUUCCACGGAGAGAUGGACGGAACGAAGUGGACUGGAAGUCGGCUUGGACCAAAGGGCAGGGAUGCUGCGGUUGCUAGGCAACCACUGUGCUCUCCUUUCUCCCACCAUCACUGUGGCUCUGACUCCGCCAGCGAGGGCUCCUUGUUAGAAAAUGGAGUCAGUCCCACUUCACGCUUCCCCAGUGGCAAGUAUCGCCAAAGGGGAUGUGGGCAUCUGGGCACCCCGGCUGGCGCUCCCUCAUCCCGAGGGCCAGACUUGCUGGUGGCAAAAUUGCCCUAGGGCUGCCUUUGUCAGCCUGGCAAUCUCCAGGCCUUUCGUACUACAACUCCCACGGGAGUUGUAGUCUGAAACCUCUGGAGGACACCAGGUUGGCCAAGGCUAGUAUGAAAUCCCCUAGCCUGGUAUGAAAUCUUUUGGGGACUUGACAUCUUUCCGCAGGGCCUGCAAGACAGAGCUGUUCCGCCUGGCCUUUGGUUUGGGCUCAAUCUGACCCUUAUUUUUUCCCUCCCCUUAUGGUUUUGAUCUAUGGGCUACUUUUAAAAUGAGGCUGUAUUUCAAAUUGCAUUUUAACCUGUAUUUUAAAUUGUCCCCCCCCCCCAUUAUGUUUUUAUUGUAAUUUUACUGGUGUUAGCCACCCUGAGCCCGGCUCUGGCUGGGGAGGGCGGGGUAUACCAGUAAAUAAAUUAUUAUUAUUAUUAUUAGUGUGUUGUCUUGAAACCUUUCUUCUGUUGAACUGUAGAUUGUGUAAUGCAUGGGUAGGCAAACUAAGGCCCAGGGGCCGGAUCCGGCCCAAUUGCCUUCUAAAUCCGGCCCGUGGAUGGUCCAGGAAUCAGCGUGUGUCCUUUUUAUUUAAAAUGCAUCUCUGGGUUAUUUGUGGGGCAUAGGAAUUCGUUCUUUUUCUUCUUCAAAAUAGUCUGGCCCUCCACAAGGUCUGAGGGACAGUGGACUGGCCCCCUGAUGAAAAAGUUUGCUGACCCCUGGUGUAAUGCUACUGAAACGCACCUAGCGCCAUGUCUUAACGGGGGCAACCUUGGGUUUUUCUCUUUUUCCAGAGGCCUGGAGAGUGCCAUGGACUUUGUGACAGAGGGUAACAGCCACGGCGUUCCUCAUCUGAGGUAAAGUUGUGAUAAGGGAUUUCAGGAGCUCAGGGAGAGAGGCAUACAGGGGAUGACACAAUGCUCACCAAGAAAAAUAUAUAAGCACUUAGAAAGAGCAGCACUUUUUAAAGAAGUGCUUUGUGCACAUGUAGCAAAGGGGGGGGGGGGAGGAAAUCACUUAAUAGAUUUAUUAAGCCCAAGGAGAGUGCAAACUUUGGAUUUAAAAAGACGUCUUUCAUGGACCUGUUGUGCUUAGGGAAAAUAAAUAAGAGCAGAGAUUGGAGCCUAAUGCUUUAAACUUUGGUGCCUUGUUUACUACAUCAUGCUAACUUCCAUUUUUUGUUAUUUUUAAUUUUUUAUUUGGUUUCCCCCAUUAAUGUUUAUGUUCAAAAUCACAAAUAAAACAAAUACACAAGAUUCUCUCGAAUCAUUAGAUUUCCCUCCACCUCUCCAUGGGUUCCGUACUUUUCCUUUUCUGCUUAUUUGAUUAUCCAUUAUAUCCAAAGCCUUUGUUACAAGUGUUAUUUAAGUCUUCCUAAAGAGUUCAGUUGUUUACAGUGGUUUCCCAAAUAUCAUAAAAAUCCCGCCCAUUCUUUGCUGAAGUUUUGACCUUCCCGAUUCCUGAUUUCCCCGGUCAUUUUUGCCACCUCUGCAUAGUCCGUCAACUUGGUCUGCCAUUCCACUCUGGUAGGAACAUCGUGGUGGAAGAGCUUUCGGGUAUGUUGAAGGGGUUGCCUGCCCAGCAAGACCCUCACUGGAAGAUGCAGCACAGAAUCAUAGAAUUGCGGAGUAGGAAGGGACCCUGAGGGUCAUCCAGUCCAACCCGCUGCAAUGUAGGAAUCUCAAUUAAGGCAGGCUGGUUUAACCAUCGCCUGUGCUGUGCUUGCAUUUCAGAGAAGAGCCCUUGGCCAAGAAGGUUAGGCUGGGAGCAGAGGAACGGCUGCCCGCAUCCAGGGACGAAAAUAAGGCAGUGAGUAGCAUGGGGUUUUCUGCAACAACAUUUCACACCUAAGCUGCUUUACUAUGCCAGAAUGUAGUGUCAGGAGUUCAGCCUACACUCGAGUAGGACCCUGGCAGAGACACAUGCCUGACUGGCAUGUUCUCUCCCUCCUGGUCUUUCGUUCGGGAGCUUCAAAAGCUUUCUUCUGCCCGAACAUCACAGCGACCAAUGCCAACCGACACUGGCACACUUAGGGGUCUGCAGAGUUUGCGCACCUUGCGUGACAGACCUCAGCAUCUCAGCAUUUUGGCUAAUCUACUUUAUUUACAUAUAAACGCACACGGAGCACUGCAACAUGGCUCCCUCUCUCUCAAGCAUCAGACAGCAAAGAGAAAAAGAACAAAGGACAAUUAGUCCCACUUCAUGGAACACAGUAACACAAACAUCCUGUCUCCGUCACUUCCCACUCUGUGGAGUCAAAACAUACACCGUCAUGUGAAAGACAACAAUCCCAUGACUGCAAUCACGGAGCAGGAAUUCUAACGUGUAGCAGGGGUCUUGCAGAUCAAACCAAAGGUCUGCCUAGUUCAGCAGGGCUUGAAAGCAGGAGCCGCCCAGUGUUUUUUGUCCCCCAGCAAUUGGCAUUCAGGGGUAUUCUGUCUCUGAUUGUGGAGGCUCCACAAUAGCCAUCAGUAGUAGAUCCCUCAGCUCCAUGAGAUGAGCUUUUGACUAACACUGUUCUUUUCUUUUGAAUAAUUUUUUAUUAGGUUUUCUAAAUGAGGAUCAUAGGGAUAAUAAACGAUACAAAUGAAUAGGCCGAGUCUUCUUACGUCAUAUGUAUAUCACAAAAACAGCACAAUGAAUCUGCAGGUGUGACUAAUACAGUGGUGCCUCGCAAGACGAAAUUAAUCAGUUCCGCAAGUCUCUUCGUCUUGCGGUUUUUUCAUCUUGCGAAGCACGGCUAUUAGCGGCUUAGCGGCUAUUAACGGCUUAGCGGCUUAGCGGCUAUUAGCGGCUUAGCGGCUUAGCGGCUUUAAGAAAAAGGAAACAAACUCGCAAGAACUCGCAAAACGUUUCGUCUUGCGAAGCAAGCCCAUAGGGAAAUUCGUCUUGCGGAACGACUCAAAAAACGGAAAACCCUUUCGUCUAGCGAGUUUUUCGUCUUGCGAGGCAUUCGUCUUGCGGGGCACCACUGUACAUUUUAGGGCUGGGUGAUAUAUCAACAUAUCAUCCAAAACUGGUUUGAAGUCCAUAUCAUGAUAUCGGUUUCAUAAUUUUUGACCUGGUGAUAUAUUGCGAAUCAUGAUGCAUGUGUGCUAUGCAAAAAUCACAAUGCGGGAAAAACCGCGAUGUCAGCUGAUGCCUCUGUAUAGCUCCAUCCUUAUUUCGGACAUCGUGAUAUAUCGGCAUAUCACGAUGUUUAAGCUGGUGAUAUACAUCACGAAGUUGAAAACCGGGUAUCGCCCAGCAAAGUACCGUAAUUAUGCAUUGUGUGAAAAAGGACUUUCUAAUGCAGUCAUACCUUGGUUGUUGAAUGCCUUGGUACUCAGACGUUUUGGCUUUGCGAACAUUUUUCGGAGGCCAAACGUCCUCCGCAGCUUCUGAUUGUGCACAGGAAGCUCCUGCAGCCAAUCAGAAGCUGCGCCUUGGUUUUUGAACCGUUUUGGGAGUCGAACAGACACCCAGAAUGGAUUAAGUUUGACAACCAAGGUACAACUGUAUAUGCCUUGCGUUGCAUUGAGUUUUGGGGAGAGAAGGAACAAACUAUCUCCCUAUCUGCUGUCUCCAAACUGCAAGAUUUUUUAAAAACUUGCCUGUAUGCUUCCAAGCCUACCUUUGAGGCCCUAAGGAGUGGUGGAGUCUCCUUCUUUGGAGGUCUUUAAGCAGAGGCUUGACAACCAUAUGUCAGGAGUGCUCUGAUGGUGUUUCCUGCUUGGCAGGGGGUUGGACUCGAUGGCCCUUGUGGUCUCUUCCAACUCUAUGAUUCUAUGAUUCUAUGAUUCUAAGUUCCAAAGUUCCAGAGAAGCAUGUUUGCGUGUUUUAACUGUAAAGAGAUGAAAAUCUCAAGGCGGCCAAUUUUCCUUCCUGAUUCUUGUUGUGGUUGCAGUCACAGGACAUCCGCACGGCUUUUCUUGUGGCAAACUCUUUCCCUGCUUUUCGUUUUGGACAGGUCACAAGGCGGCAGGUGGAGAACACGCCGCUCUGCUUGGAAACGCGAAGCCCCUCAGCGGAGGAAAGGAAGAGGAGGAAGGAGAGGAAAGUCUCUGGUGCGAAAGCGGAGACCGAGGAGGUGGGAGAGAGUCCAGGAAGCCGCAGCAAAGCGAGGGCUCCGGAGCAGGAGAACUUGAACGGAGCAAAGGGAGUGGAGGAAAAGGUGGAGAGGGACGAGGAGGAAGGAGAGGGCGCAGAAGAAAAGGAGAAGAGCGAGGUGAAGACUCAGCAAGAGUUGGAUAGAGAGACUGAGGCACAAAAAGAGGGUGUCGGGGAGGCCAGGAGGAAGAAGGUCCAGGGGCAAGAGGCCUCGGAGGACGGCAUGAGAGGAAAGAAGGCCAAUAAAGGCCGGAAAAAAGGAGCCACCUCCAAACCUGGGAGUUUGGGAGGCUCCAGGAAGAGGAAAGCAAAGGAGGAAGAUGGAGGCGCGAGGAAGAAAAGGAAGAAGGAGGAGGAAUGCGGGAAAGAGGACAAGUGGAAGUGGUACGUGCUGCGUUCGGGUUGGGGCCUUUGCCAUUACUAUUUUUGA